UUGUACCUGUUUAUGGAAAAAUCAUAAACACACACAGCCAAUUGCAAAUGUUGGGUCAAGGAAAUAGAAUAUAACAAGCACAUACCCGUUUAUUUACUGGGCAGGAUUCAUAUUUAAAAGUCUCUCUGUUUAUUGAUAAGAACAUCACAAAGAAAUACGAUACAUUGAGAGUAAGACGUUUAUUAGCUAUCUUCAUACUGUAUGUAUUGUUCUGUAAGCUGAUUUGAUGGGGAAGUCAGAGUCUUUCGAUUUUCACAACAUUGAGAAUAGUUCUAGUAUGAACGAUGUGAGAGGACACAAAAAGACCGGUUGCUACGUAAGCACUGCGACUGGUUUCGUGUUGACACUGUUAGCCGCCUGUCUGGCUGUCGGAGUUGGAAUUAUAGUGCAUUUUACUACUUCCGGUAAUACUAUCGACUGCAAGUGCUCUUACCCGCCAAAUUCUGGAGGAAACAAUGACGCUCAGGUCGGGGGAACUACACCCUCAACCACUUCCCAAAAACCUAUUCUGGAUCAAUGUAAGGAUCUUAUUAACCACGGGAAUCAGGAACUAUGUAGCCUCUGUGCUGGACCGACUUCACUUAGUCCAUCAAGUCCACUGGUACCAACAACAACAGUAGCACAACUGACCACUACCUCACCAGCAAGCACUCGAAAUGUUCGGCUACCACUUAACUUGUAUCCAACAUUAUACGAUGUUGAACUUCAACCCUACAUGUACGAAGGAGAUGCGAAAGACUUUUAUUUCACAGGAAAUGUUAAAAUUGAGAUGCAGUGCAUUAAAUCAACGAAUGAAAUUGUACUACACAGCAACAAGCUAAAUAUUUCUGAACAAUCUAUUCAGGUUAUGCAAAUGGGAAGUGGAAGUCAAAUAUCUCAUUCUGUAGAAUUUGACAAAGUUAAUCAGUUUUUGAUACUGAAAUCUAAUACACAGUUUAUGGCGGGAUCAAACUACUCCGUGUAUAUUGAGUUCCGUGGACCUUUGACCGAUGAUCUAGCAGGACUUUAUUUGAGUUCUUAUAAACGUGGGAACGAUACAAUUUACAUUGCCACAUCACAGAUGCAGCCUACUGACGCAAGAAAAACAUUCCCAUGUUUUGAUGAGCCGGCCGUCAAAGCGCAAUUUAAAGUUACACUUGUCAGAAAACAACACAUGGUUUCAUUGUCAAACACCCCAAUAACCAGCAAUAUGACCAGGGGAAAUGGAUGGAUUGCCGAUUACUAUGAAGUCACACCAAAGAUGUCAACUUACUUAUUGGCUUUUAUUAUCUGUGAUUUCAAAUACACAGUAAACAUCACUAAAAAUAACGUAGAGUAUAGAGCCUGGGCACGCCCAGAGGCGGUUGGACAAACUCCAUACUCCUUAGACGUUGGCGUCAAGGUCCUUACCUAUUUUGAAGAAUACUUUGAUAUUCCUUUUCCUCUACCAAAAUCAGACAUGAUAGCUGUGCCAGAUUUUGCUGCCGGUGCUAUGGAAAAUUGGGGACUAAUAACCUACAGGGAGACGGCCAUGUUGUAUGAUCCAAUGGAAUCAGCAGAGACCAACAAACAGAGAGUAGCUGUAGUCGUCUCACAUGAAUUGGCACAUCAAUGGUUUGGAAACUUAGUCACACCAUCUUGGUGGGAUGAUUUAUGGUUGAAUGAAGGAUUUGCCAGCUUUGUUGAAUACAUGGGAGUCGAUCACGUCCAUCCAGAUUGGCUGAUGUUCGAACAAAUUGUGGUUGAAGAUUUACAGGACGUUUUCAACUUUGAUGGUCUGGUUACCUCACAUCCUGUUUAUGUACCGGUUUCUCAUCCAAGUCAAAUCAAUGAAAUUUUUGAUCGAAUUUCAUACGGAAAGGGAGCUACUAUUAUAAGAAUGAUGAGGUUCUUUCUGGGAGAAGAAACAUUCAAAAAGGGACUUCAAAGAUAUCUCAAACAACAAGCAUACGGUGCUGCGUUUCAUGACGAUCUCUGGAAUGCAUUGUCAGAGCAAAGCAAAGAAGAUGGUAAACCGAUAAGUGUUCAAGAUGUCAAACACAUCAUGGAUACUUGGACCCUACAAAUGAAUUUCCCAACUGUUUUCAUGGAGAGAACAGGACCAAAUAUAAGACUAAGCCAGUCAAGAUAUCUACUCGAUCAAAAUGCUACAGACCCAGGAACAUAUACUUCACCGUUUGGAUAUAAAUGGGAAAUACCAGUUACAUACACCAGUCAAUCAAUUUCAAAUUUCAACCAAACAGACAAUGAUAUAAGCUGGAUGGGAAGAGAUGGAGCCGUCGUUGAAAUUAAGAAUGCAUUUCCCGGUGAAUCGAUGGAUAGCUGGUACAUCGGGAAUGUUAUGCAGUAUGGUUACUAUAGGGUGAAUUAUCCAGAAAGCAACUGGCAGAAAUUGAUUCAACAACUGAAGACUGAUCCUACGAAAAUUCAUCCAAUAAAUAGAGCUCAAAUAAUAAAUGACGCUUGGAACUUAGCAAAAUCCGGUGACCUCAAGAUGAGCAUAGCCCUUCAAACAGUGGAAUACCUGUCGACAGAAGACAACUUUUUACCGUAUUCAGCAGCUUCAGGCGAGCUACUUUAUGUUGAAGACAUGCUUGAAAGAACAGCAUUGUUUGGAGCCUUUUCUAAAUUCAUGAAAGCAACGUUCACAAUUCCUUUCAAUAAAUUUGGAAUGGACAACUCGGGAUCGGGUCAUUUAGAAACAUAUGUUAGAAGAAUCGUUGUUUCCCUAGCAUGCAAAUAUGGUAAUGCAGAAUGUAUUGGAAAUGCAACUAAGCUAUUUAGGGAACUAAUGGAAACUACCGAUGGAACAAACCCAAUUGAUGUUAAUCUACGAUCGACUGUGUACUGUACAGCAAUACGAUAUGGAGGUGUAGAAGAAUGGGACUUUGCAUAUAAGAAAUAUAAAACAUCGAAUGUUGCCACUGAAAAGGCUGUUUUGUUGUUAUCGUUGUCUUGCAGCAGGGACGUUUGGGUUUUGAGCAGAUAUCUCAAAUAUACAUUAAUGCCUGAGGAGAUUCGUAAGCAGGAUGCAGUAAGCACUAUAGUUUAUAUAUCUCGAAAUACUAUUGGAAGAUCUUUGGUAUGGGAUUUUGUUCGAGGGAACUGGGAUUUUAUUUUUAAUGAUUUCAGUCAAGGUGUUUUGAAAUUUGAGAAAUUAUUCAGAGGAAUAACUUCCAGUUUCAACACUUUAUAUGAUAUUAAACAGAUGCAUUACUUUGUUAUGGUGCAUCCAAAUCUUGGGACAGGGACCAGAGCAUUCUACCAGGCAAUAGAGAAAACAAAAAGCAAUAUACGGUGGAUGGCGAUGAACUAUGAUAUAAUUAAUCAAUGGCUCUUUGCCAAUAACCAUUGAUUUGGGUUGUUGUAUUGCAGAAUCCGUACCAUAUUAGAAGUUAUUAUAAAACAGCAUAUGUUAAGAAUUAAAAAUGAUGGGCAACCCAAUUGUAUGACAAAUUAUAUGCAUUUGCAUAUGGGGUCAUUCAGUCGAUAAACUACAUAUUCAAUGCCUUUUACGAAAUUUUACGAGGAAAUCCGGCAUAUACCGUGAUCUUGGUGUUAGAUUUUGUUUUAAUUAUAUCCAUGAUUGUUCAGUAAUCACGUGUAAAGGAAUGGAACGGAUAAAGUUAUAUAGUUAUACAGAUAAUGUGAAGACGAACCAGUUACUAAUUACGAAAAUCUAUGAUUUGAAAUACUAAUUUAUCAUUUGACAAAGCAUAAAGAGACGACUUAAAAAACGACAUAACUUAUUCUUUUUUAAGAUAUCUGACCAAUUGUAAUGAAGAGUGUUUUUUUUCCGCUAAACGAGAGAUAACCCCAGUUGAACCAUAUUACAUCGUCUAUCACAAAUGCAGUCCACGUUUGAUACUGACGAUGAGUAUAAUUAACGUACAAGUUAUGUCUCUUCUCCGGUAGUUUCUGUGUUAUAACACCAAGGAAUUUUAAGGUUUUACAAAUCUCAUCUGAUUGUAGCUUGAGACAAGGCUAGCAAACCCACCCAAGGCAAACGACUGCAACAACCAAAGGUUUAUGUAGUCCUUUCACAUUGGUUAAAUUAUUUGACAAUUGCUUGAAAUAAAUUUGCACUCAUAAGAAAGACGAAUAUUUCAAUAUUGAAAGAGCAACAAUCAAAACACAAUCAAUGCAUUUACACAAAAAUGCCUCUUAGUUUUGAUCUUCAUUAUUUACAAGUUUCUUGACCAUUUUUCAAUGUUAUCUGUAGAGUUCGGAUAAGCGAGCAUUUGCUCAUCACUGAUGACAAAUUAUUAACUAAAAUGGCAUUUGAUAUCUCAGAUAAUGUUAGGUUUUUUGAUAAAGAAUAGCUUGCUUAGAUAACUCUUAAAUAUUUUCAAGAGUAAAGAUUAUGGAAUUGUGUUUAUUGGUUUUACCACCUAAAACAUAAUCAGAUCUUUCUGUUGAUCGGCAUAUGAUAAGUAAUAUUAUACAGUUCUUAGUGAAAUACACAGAAUUUGUAUUGAAGGAUCAGAACAAAACAAUUUUACUCCAGUUUUCCCAUUUCCUUCCUCUGGUGUUUUAUCUUACUAUUACAUCUGUUGACAGUUUAUUUCCUUAUUUUAUUAUUACCUCUGUUUACCAUUUUCUUUCUGAUUUUGUACAAAUAGUUUUAUUUCAUUUUCCAUCUCUUUAAAUCUCAAGUGGCCAGUGUAUAUAACGAAAUGAUUACACCAUUGCAUGGAAAAUCGUCAAUAAGAGCCGCUUGCCUUGAUUACAGUGUAUACACAAUGUUAAAACAAAUGGAAAUUCAUACAUACUAUCUGACGGUAUAUUUGCAAUUAUACUUGUACGUUCUUCUGGAACAUGUGAGUUCUCAUUCGGCUUUUGGUGAACUUCGAUUUGACCGAUCUCUAGAAAGGCUUUUGUGUAGUUUUAUUUUACACUGGUCUUUGUCUGCUUUUUUACUGUUUAUUGCACUGAACUAUGAGUGUCGUCUUACCUUUUUGCAACCCAUUCGUAAAGUAAAUGUAGUAAAAAGUCUUAUUUUUGAAGCUGAAAUUUUAAUCAUCAAAUAUUUGUUAACACUGUUCUCGGAUAGUGUAAUGUUUUGUUAUGUAUCAGUAGUUACCAAUACAGUUUUUGAUAAUAACAAUGAGAUAAUUUAGUAGUGCUUUAUUCUUUAUGCUAAUAAAUGUGUUAAUACUA